CCGUGACAUCACGGGAGGAGGGCCCCGCUUGUGGCUGCGGGAGGAGGGAGAGGCCGGGCGGGGCUGCGCUGCCCGCCCCGCGCCCCCGUCUCAGUUGUAACUCCCUGACAAGACGUACCUUUAUUAUGUACCGUGGCUGAUCGAUCCAGUGUGAAAGAGAAGUUGAAGUGUAAUGCAGGAGCUUUGGGCUCCAGCAUCCUAGCUGUGUCCACCCGCCCACUCCAUGAUGACUUCUUUCUUUGUGGGAUUCUUACUCUGCCGAAGGUAACAGAACCCAGCGCAGCGAGCUGGGCCGGCAUGCCGAGGCAGGGCGUGUGCCAUGAUGAGUUUAAAAGAUGCCGGCGGUGCCGUGUGCCAAGUUGGGGCGGCCUAUAACCUCCACAUUUACCCCCAGCUCUCGACGGAAAGCGUCUCCUGCUGCCAGGUGACAGCCACGAAGGAUGCCACCACCACGGAGGUCAUCGAGGAUGCCGUCGGCGCCUUGAAACUGGACCCGUCGAAGCAUUACGUGCUGGUGGAGGUGAAGGAAUCCGGGGGGGAAGAGUGGGUGCUGGACGGGAGCGACUCCCCCGUCCACCGGGUCUUGCUGUGGCCUCGUCGGGCCCAGGACGAGCACCCCCAGCGAGAGGGCUACUAUUUCCUUUUGCAAGAGAGGAACACCGAUGGCACCAUCAAGUACUUCCACAUGCAGCUGUCCUCGGAGGGGGAGCAGCGGCAGGAGGAGGCGGCGGCGGCGGCCCGGCGGCUGGUGGAGCGGGGCUUCCUGCCCUGGCAGCAGGAAGACUUCGACGACCUCUGCAACCUGCCCAGCCUGACGGAGGCGACGCUGCUGGAGAACCUCCAGCGUCGCUUCCUCAAGCAGAAGAUCUACACCUACGUGGGCAGCAUCCUCAUCGCCAUCAACCCCUUCCAGUUCCUGCCCAUCUACAACCCCAAGUACGUCCAGUUGUACGAGAACCACCAGCUGGGGAAGCUGGAGCCGCACAUCUUCGCCAUUGCCGACGUGGCCUACCACGCCAUGCUCAAGAAGCGCGUCAACCAAUGCAUCGUCAUCUCUGGGGAAAGCGGGUCCGGGAAGACGCAGAGCACCAACUUCCUGAUCCACUGCCUGACGGCCCUGAGCCAGAAGGGCUAUGCCAGCGGGGUGGAGAGGACCAUUUUGGGAGCCGGGCCAGUGCUGGAGGCUUUCGGGAACGCAAAGACAGCCCACAAUAACAACUCCAGCCGAUUUGGGAAAUUUAUCCAGGUCAACUAUUUGGAGAACGGCAUUGUCCGGGGGGCCGUCGUCGAAAAAUAUUUGCUUGAAAAAUCUCGAUUGGUCUCUUGGGAAAAGAACGAAAGGAAUUACCACGUGUUUUACUAUUUGCUGCUCGGUGCCAGCGAAGAGGAGCGCAAGGAAUUCCACCUCAAGCAGCCCAAAGAUUACUUCUACCUCAACCAGCAUAACUUGAAAAUCGAAGACGGAGAAGACCUGCAACAUGACUUCGAGCGGCUGAAGCAAGCCAUGGAGAUGGUGGGGUUCCUUCCGGCAACCAGGAAGCAAAUUUUUUCAGUCCUGUCUGCUAUUCUUUACCUGGGAAACGUCACCUACAAGAAGAAGGCGGCUGGUCGGGAUGAAGGGCUGGAAGUGGGCCCCCCGGAAGUGCUGGACAUCCUGUCUCAGCUUCUGAAGGUGAAACGCGAAAUCUUGGUGGAAGUGUUGACGAAGAGAAAAACGGUGACCGCAAACGACAAGCUUAUCCUGCCCUACAGUCUGAACGAAGCUGUUACUGCCCGCGACUCCAUGGCCAAAUCGAUGUAUAGCGCGCUCUUCGACUGGAUAGUUCUGCGAAUUAACCACGCGCUCCUCAACAAGAAGGACAUGGAGGAGUCUGUCACGUGCUUGUCCAUCGGGGUCCUCGAUAUCUUCGGCUUUGAAGACUUCAAAACCAACAGUUUUGAGCAGUUCUGCAUCAAUUACGCCAACGAGCAGCUGCAGUAUUAUUUCAAUCAACAUAUCUUCAAACUUGAACAGGAGGAGUAUCAGAGCGAAGGCAUUGAAUGGCACAACAUCUCCUACACUGACAACGUGGCCUGCAUCCACCUAAUCAGCAAGAAACCCACCGGCCUAUUUUACCUCCUGGAUGAAGAAAGCAACUUCCCUCAUGCCACCAGCCAGACGCUUUUGGCAAAAUUCAAACAGCAGCACGAGGACAACCGGUUCUUCAUCGGGACCCCGGUCCUGGAACCCGCCUUCAUCAUCCAGCACUUUGCAGGCAAAGUGAAAUACCAGAUCAAGGACUUUCGGGAGAAGAACAUGGAUUACAUGCGGCCGGACAUUGUGGCCUUGCUGCGGGGCAGCGACAGCGCCUACGUCCGCGAGCUCAUUGGAAUGGACCCCGUGGCUGUCUUCCGCUGGGCCACCCUGCGUGCCGCAGUCCAAGCCAUGGCGGUCUUUGCAGAAGCCGGGCGCCAGAGAGCUCAGAAGACCGCUGGAGUGGUGCGCCAUGGGCCACGGGUCCCUCUUGGAGAACUGCAGCAAGCCAACAUCCCGGUCGAAAGAGCUUACCGCUGCUCAGUGCUUGAUUUCUCAUUUGAUUGCUCUGAGGAUUUUGAUAUAAGCGCUUUCGAAGACAUCCUAGCCUCGUAUGAAAGCAAGAAGAAGAGUAGAGGGGCCAAGCAAAAACAGCUCAUCCCAAAGAACCUGCUGGAUUCCAAGUCCUUGAAGCUGAUUGUGAGUAUGACGUUGCACGACCGGACCACGAAAUCCUUGCUGCACCUACACAAGAAGAAGAAACCGCCUAGCAUCAGUGCUCAGUUCCAGACUUCCCUUAACAAGCUCCUGGAGGCCCUGGGGAAAGCUGAACCAUUUUUUAUCCGUUGCAUCCGCUCCAAUUCAGAGAAGAGGGAACUUUUCUUUGAUGAAAGUUUGGUGCUCCAGCAGCUGAGAUACACCGGGAUGCUGGAAACCGUGAGAAUCCGGCAGUCUGGCUACAGUGCCAAAUUUACCUUCCAGGAUUUCAUAGACCAGUUCCAAGUUCUGCUACCCAAGAACACCAAAACGUCCAAAGAGGAGAUUUCUGUUCUGCUGACCAAGUUGGAACUGGACACCGGCAGCUAUCAGAUAGGAAAGACCAAGGUGUUCAUGAAGGAAGCCACACGGCAGGUGCUCCAGGACACUCUGCACAAGGAAGUCAUCCGGAAGAUUGUCCUCCUCCAGAGCUGGCUCCGGAUGGGGCUGGAGAGGAGACGCUUCCUUCGGAUGCGCCAGGCAGCUGUCUGUUUGCAGGCUUGCUGGCGAUCGCACCGUGUCUGGAGGGAGAGGGAGAACGCUGUGAUCUGCAUCCAGUCGGCUUGGCGUGGGUACAAGGAGUGGAAAUCUUACCAGCAGCAGAGGAAACGGAUUUGCCUCCUUCAGGCUGUGGUCAGGGGAUACCUGCAGCGCAAGCGAUUUCAUCAAAUGUUGGCCGAGGAGCAAAAAAAGGAAGCUGAGCAGCAUGGUCAUGCUGAGCAAGAGAACCGGCUGAGCCGGACGGAGGAACCGGCCCAGGAUCAGGAAGCUGCGGAAGCUACGGUGCCGCCGAGUCAGAGCGCCAGACUGGUGGUUGAGGAUGGGGCUGAGAACGAGCUGGCGGAAAAACAAGCGCUUCUCCCCCAGAAAAGCACAGCCAGCAGUCGGGAGAAGCGGGAAUCCCGCCGGCAGAGGGGCUUGGAGCACAACGAGUUGCAGAACAAGCACGUGGUGUUUGCUUUGGAGGGCCAGGCAGGAGACCUUAGCAGGGAAGGCAGCCCAUUUCGACAGGAGGAGGAGGCAGCGGAGGAAGGCCGAGAGCCCAAGAGGGAGGCGGUUUCAUCCGAACUUUCUCCCACGGACUCAGCUGUAGGGGGCUCACAAGUGGCUGGGGAGCCCCCCCUUCCUUUGGACAAUGGCACCCCGGUUUCGAAAUCCCCUUCCGGAUCACAGCAGGAAGAGGCGGGAGCGGCCAGCGUGGACACAAACGGGCUGGGGAGACCAGAAGGCCACAAGAGCCAGAUCCGGAGCAGCCAAAGCUUCACGUGUCCCGAGCGGCCCUCGGAACUGGCCCUGAACCUUCAAAACCACCUGACCACCAGCAAGAGCUUCCGGGCCCCUGCCGAGCCGGCCGGCGACCGGCCGGGGACUCAGAAGGAACUGGGCAGCCCCACCUCCUUCCAGAUCCAGCGGUACCAGGACGACCUCGAGAAGCUGCGGGACAAGCGGGAGCGCUGGAAAGGGAAGCGGUGCCUCGGUGGCGGACAGAGCGACAGCCUCAGCCAGUCCCUGGAGGAGAGAAGCGGCGCCAGCCCGACUCACCCUCCGCAGCUCACAAGGAAAGAGACCGCUUCUUCUUUGGAUGACCUUCACCAACUUUCCCAUCCCAUCCUCACAAGCCAGCAGUCUCUGGACACCUCAGACAGCGACAGGAGCACCAAGAAGCAGCUCGUGUUGAGAAGGGCUGGGGAGCUGCCUGCCGCCCUUGACGUGCCUGCCCCACCAGCCGAUGCCAAGUCUGCUUUCAAGAUCCCCUUGAGGAGGCUCCUAGGGAAGAAGGCGGAGAAAAAGGCUUUCAAGGAGAACUCCGACGCGGCGGAGGAGAGUGAGGCCAUCUCGCUUUCAAGUGUGUCGGCAGUUGAGGAAAAGGCAGCAGAAGCUACUUCUCGGCAUCUGAAUCACCCCCAAGAUGAGGAACGUCCCGUAAAGGAAACAGGCAAAGCCAAAAGAACCCGCACCCUUAAGAUCAGCAAAGCCAAGACAGCGCCUGAGAAAUGGCGGGCACCUUUCUUGCGAGAGAUCGCCAAUGCCAACGAGCUGAAGUACUUGGAUGACUUCCUCUUAAACAAGAUCAACGAUCUCCAUUCCCAGAAGUCUGCGGGUGAAUGCUUGUUUUUCGAGGCCACCGAAAAGUUCAGAGGGAACAUCAAAACCAUGUAUUCUGCCCCUGUGAGUAACUUCACCGUGUGAAUGAAGUGGGG